AUGGACAUUGAGAACCUCACCUCAGUCACCGAAUUCAUCUUUGUGGGACUCUCCAGUCAACGAAAGACUCAGCUUCUACUCUUCGUCGCCAUCCUGCUCACCUACUCACUUACCAUCAUGGGCAACCUGGCGGUCAUCCUGCUGGUGUGGUUUGACACCCGCCUCCAAACGCCCAUGUACUACUUCCUCAUGCACCUCUCCGGCCUAGAGAUCUGCUACGUCACCAGCACGGAGCCACAGAUGCUGGCUCACCUCCUGGCGGGGAACGGAGUCAUCUCCUACACCCGUUGCGUGGCCCAGAUAUUUGUCGCCUUGUCUUUGGGUGCUGCUGAAUGCUUUCUGCUGGGUGUCAUGGCCUAUGACCGUUACCUGGCCAUUUGCCGACCUCUGCUGUAUCCUGUUGCCAUGGACAGGUGGCGUCAGGUGCACCUUGCAUCCAGUUGCUGGGCAACGGGCUUCCUUUUCGGUGCAAUAUACGUGGGGUGCACCUUUCGUCACUCCUACUGUGGGCCCAACCGUAUCAAUCACUUCAUGUGUGAGUUGCCGGUGGUGCUGAAACUUGCCUGUGAUGACACCCACGUCACUCAGGCCAUUGUGUUUCUAAUGGCAGGGCUGGUCCUCAUCAUUCCUAUUUCUGUUGUUCUGACCUCCUAUGCGGUCAUUCUGUUCUCCGUAUUACAAAUACGGUUCGCUACUGGAUGGCGCAAAGCCUUUUCCACAUGUGCUUCCCACCUCAUGGUAGUGACUGUGUUCUAUGGAACGGUCAUUUCUAUGUACCUGAUUCCCCGAUCAACGACUUUCUCGGACCGCGACAAAAAUAUUGCCUUGUUUUAUGUGGUGGUCACCCCUUUCCUCAACCCGAUCAUUUACACCCUGCGGAACAAGGACGUGCAUGAGGCCGUGGCCAGAGCGCUGCGAAGAGGUGGGUUUGAGCCAAAAUGA